UCCUACUUGCUUCGUCUUCCUCCCCUGGCAAAGCAAGGCACUCCGGUGUUCAUUCCAAAGAAGCUCUCAUGGCGUCUCAGAAGCAACCUCCAUUUCUGAUAUGAGCACAGCUUCGUCCUUAGUUGCUCAUAACGUCUCUCCGCAAUUGCCUUUGAAAUUGAUGAGUUCGAACUAUAUGCUCUGGAGAGCACAAUGUCUUCCACUCCUCAGAGGUUACAAUCUCUUAGGGUACAUUAAUGGAACCUUUCCUCGACCUAUUGAUGAAUCUGAAAAUUCCUCUACAUCUGGUUUCACUUCUGCGCUAUGGGAUAAACAAGAUCAGUUGAUCUUGAGUUGGAUAAUCUCAUCCCUUACUGAGAGUGCUAUCUCUCAUGUGGUAAGCGCCGCUACCUCAUCUGAAGCAUGGACAACACUUUCCCGUGUCUAUGCACCUUCGUCAAGAACUCACAUUAUGGAUCUGAAGGAUCGACUCUCACGUAUACAAUGUGGUUCUGAGUCAAUUACAGAAUACAUUCUUCAGAUCUGAUCCAUUGCAGACACACUUGUUGCUAUCGAUCAGCCCCUCGAUGAAGAGGAUCUUGUUCUUGCUGCUCUAAGAGGUUUCGGUUCGGAGUAUCGAGAUUUUGUGACCAUAGUUCGCCUGCGACAAGAACCAAUUUCAUUUGUUGAACUUACGGGAUUACUCUUGAGCCAUGAAAGCUUUCUCAGUUCCACUGCUAAUGAAUCUUCUAUUGUUAUCACUACUAAUGCUGCCUCAAGCACUUAUAAUUCCUCAUCAUUCAAAUCUCGCGGUGGUGGUUCGAACAAUUUUCACUACAACAGAUCAAGAUCCGGACAUCGUUACUACAACCAGAAUCGAGGAGGUCGAUCUGGUGGCCAUAGUUCCUCUCCAUUGCAAGAUGGUUCCUAUCGAGGCUAUGGUAAAUCUGCUGGUUCCUUCCCUCAUGGAUCUAGCGGUCAAGGAUAUGGUAACAAUCAACAACCAGGAUACAACUCUCUUGAUACUUUUUCACCAGCACAGAGUGAAAGACCAGCAUCUCCAACCUUUACAAAUCAGCCUCGAUUUGCCUGUCAAAUCUGCAAUGUUAAUGGUCACACUGCCUCACACUGUUCGCAGAGGUUUAACCAUGCCUAUCUUGGAUAAGGAGACCAAGAAGAUUUUGAAUCAAGGCCGGAGUGAGAAUGGCUUAUAUCAAAUGCACUUUACAGAGGCUCCGUCAUCCCCAUCAAUCGUUAUGGUUGGCGUUCAUGCACCUGCGGUCAAUUGGCAUCAUUGCCUUGGCCAUCCAUCUUACAAAAUUGUUCAUUCUGUCCUCAGCCAGUUUAAUAUACCAUUCUCCGGUAAUAAGAAGACUAUUUUGCGAUGCGUGUCAGCUAUCGAAGAGUCAUCGCCUUCCAUUUAUGCCAUCCACUUCUAUAAGCUUUUCACCAUUAGAAAUAAUUCACUAUGAUGUCUGGGGUAAAGCACCUGUUACUUCUGUAGAUAAAUUUUCUUACUAUGUGUUGUUUGUGGAUGACUACAGUAGAUAUAGUUGGUUGUACCCAAUGACUGCUAAAUCCGAGGUGUUGUCUAUCUUUACUUCCUUUAAAUCAUAUGUUGAGAAUUUCUUUAGCAGUAAAA